AUGGCGUUCGAGAUCACACGCAUGAAAGACGACGAGAUUGAUGUCUGGAACAAAGUGUCGUGGGAUGCUUUUGCUGCAGCAGAGGAUAAUCUGGCAACACUACUCUACCCCGGAGGACUAACAGAGCGCACACAAGAAUACAUGCGCGAGAGCACUCGUAAGAGCUUGUCCGACUCUUCCUACUCUUACAUGUUUGUACGCGACAGCAGCAGCAAACAAGUCUUGGCGGUGGCCUGUUGGUACUUCCAGACCAAAGACUUGAGCAUGCAACAAGUGGUGGACAAGGAAGACAAGGCGAGGAGGGAACGAGCGGAGCAGGAGCCCAUCCCCGGCAUCAACUUUCCAGCAAUCAGCUCGUUUCGUGAGGCGCAGGCAAGGAGCAAGCAAGAGAUCUUGUCCGGCAAGGCGCAUGCACUAUUGAAGGUGCUUGCGACACUACCGGAAGCUCAGCGAAAGGGAGCGGGCGCUGCUGGGCUGAUCUGGGGCUUGCAGCAGGCAGAUGAGUUGGGGUUGCCGGCCUAUCUCGAGGCCUCGAGCAUGGGCAGGCCGCUCUAUGCUAAGCAUGGAUUCAUCGAGGUGUGUGAGCUGCCACUGGAUACCAGCAAGCAUGGCCAUCCUCACGAGUGCACGCAUUGGUGCAUGCUCAGGGCUGCAAGGCGUCUAGAGUCAGAUCAGUAG